AUGAGAGACGAAGAAGCCCAUGUCUCCGAUGCUUCCGGAGCCACCGAGACAAGUCCUCUAAUAGGUGCCGAGGUGCCCGAAGCCAACAAUGGCAAAGCCGUGAAGUCAAAUGGCACUUUUGCCGACUCCGCAAGCUCUAGCACGGCGGGGGAUGUAGCCGACGACGCCGAGAAUGGCGGUGCCGCCCCGGGCUCCGGAGAUGAAGUCAUCCGGGAGGGAUUGCCGGAGAUGGCUGCCAAGAUGCAUUUACUGAUGCCCGCCCUCGGGAUUGGUCUGUUCCUAUGUGCGCUCGAUCAGUUGCUAGCUGUGGCCACAUAUGCGAAGAUUGGAAGUGACCUGAAAGCAUUGAACAGCACAAGCUGGAUUGCUACCGCAUACUUUUCGGCAUUGACAUGCUGCCAACCGUUAUAUGGAAAGUUGAGCGAUAUCUUCGGACGGAAAGAGUGCCUGCUCUUUGCCUACGCCGUAUUCGCCUUGGGGUCUUUCGGCUGCGGACUGGCCCAGAACAUAGUGCAACUGAUCAUUGCACGCGGUGUUGCAGGCAUUGGUGGAGGUGGAAUGAAUGCUGUUGUGAGCAUCUUACUGACCGACAUAGUGCCGCUACGGGAUCGUGGCAUAUGGCAAGGCUACCUGAACAUCAUAUUCGCCGCCGGUACAGCAACCGGAGCCCCUCUUGGUGGUCUUUUGGCGGAGUCGGUUGGAUGGCGGUGGUCGUUCCUCGGUCAAGUUCCCUUCGUCGUUGUCGCCUUCAUCGCAGUGUACCUUGUCCUCGAUCUCCCCAAGAAAGACACCUCCCACUGGCGCGAGAAGCUGGCCAAAGUCGACUUUCUUGGUGCCUUGUUUUUGGUGGCUGCUGUUCUAUGCCUUCUUGUUGGGCUCGAUAAUGGCAGCAACGAAGGGUGGCGACACUACUUUACCGUCGCCCCGUUGGCAGUGACUCCUGUGUUCGUCUUUCUCUUCGUGUUGGUCGAGAUGCGUGUGGCUUCGCACCCAUUCGCCCCGGGGCACAUUAUAUUUGAACGCUCGCUGUUCGCCUGCUUCCUCUGCAACUUCUUCGGUAUAGCUGGGCAAAUGCCAGUCUUGUUCUUUCUGCCGCUCGUGUACCAGGCCGUCGAUGGGCUAUCGGCCGUGCAGGCGGGCCUGCUACUCAUUCCCGGUUCGGUCGCGGGUGUCAGUGCAUCUCUGGGCGGCGGGUUUGUAAUCCGACAUACCGGACGGUAUUACUGGAUCACAGUGGCUUCAUUUGGGCUGCUGCUCUUCAGCGUCGUGCCUCUGUUGUUAUUCUCAGGGCUUGUUGUAAACUCGAAGCUUGGAAGUACUGUUGCCCUUGCACUGGUUGCAACAGGAUCAGGAGCUGGUAUCACCACCACACUCAUCGGCCUCAUCUCCAACGCCGCGAAAGAAGAUGCAGCCAUAGUCAUCGCAUGCUCAUACCUCUUCCGCGCCCUCGGCUCCUCCAUCGGCAUCAGCGUCACCUCGGCCGUGCUGCAGCAGGUCCUGCGCACGCAGCUGGCUGCCCGCCUCGGCGACGGCGACGCCGCCCUCGCAAUCGAGGAGCGCGUCCGCGAGAGCCUCGACUACAUUAAACAGCUGGAGCCGCACAUUGCAGACAUCGUGCGCUCGUGCUACCAGACCGCCACCCUCACGGUGUUUGCAUCGUGUGCGAUCCCGUUGACUCUGGCGUUUGUGUUGGCUUUCUUUAUCAGGGAGAAGAGGGUUGGCAAAUAG